AUGGCGUCAGGUCCAAAUGUUGGAAAAAUCCUUCCUUCCGCCGGUAAGUGGACCGCCGCCACUCUUUCUUCUUACGAUACGGAUGUGGUUCCAGAACCAUCGUUGCGUCUAGACUUGCAAAAGUUUUGGGAAACUCAAUUGAUCUUUCCUUAUUCUGUUGAUAAUCUUGUGCAUGCGUUUGGGGGACCCAAACCAAGUGAUAAAAGUCGGAAUUCCAAGGUUUUGUCUAUUUUUCCUGUUUAUAAACCUUGUGCUCCUAGGGUUUUCAUCAGUGAACCCUAUAACUUUAGCUAUAUCAAGGCGCCUAACAGAGUGUUUCGAUCGGCUCCUUCUUUGAAUGACCAAUACCUGAGCUGGUUAGACAGGGUACAACGUGAUAAAGCGGAUAUUUGGCAAGCUUGUGGUAUUUAUGACCUUAUUCAGCUCUCUCGGACAGGCCUUAAAUACCAACAAGAGAUGAUUAUUGCGGCUUUACACUUCUUUGAGUCCUCUACCAACACCUUCCACUUCGAAUGUGGCAUGAUGACUCCUACACUGCUGGAUGUUGCUGCCAUUACUGGCUUAUCGCCUCUUGGCGACACUUAUGAUCCUUGCAAAGCUUCCGACACCAUCAAAUUUGAUUUUCGAAACAAGUCUUACUCUAAAUACAUCGUGGAAAAUCGAAAGACUAGCGAUGAAGUAAGUGACGGAGAACACGUUGCUUUCCUAACCUUAUGGCUAUCGCAGUAUGUCUUCUGCACUCAAUCUCUCCAAGUAGCCAAGAAAUUCAUCCCUAUGGCUAUUCAAUUACAUGAAUGCCAGCAAUUCAACUUCGCUCGGCUUAUUCUUGGAUGUCUUUAUGAAUCCAUGAGGGAUGCUUGUGAACACCUUAAAAGAACAGGCGAUGGAUCUACCUUUUUAGGUGCUGGCCCUUUUUGGUUGCUGCAAUUAUGGUUAACUGCCACUUUUCAUGCUGAACUUGACCUUUUCUUACCUGAGCCAUACUAUGAGGAAUCGAGAACACGUCGAGUCGAAGGCACAAGGUUGGCGAGGAUGGUGCCUAGGGAAAGAGGCCUUGGUUAUGAUGUAGCUUUCCAACAGUAUUUUAAUACUUUUCUCAGCCUGAAGAAGUUCAAGCCUAGCUUUGCUCCCUUUGUGGAUAGACCACUUGGUCCUCCUUGGUUUACUCACAGAUUUCCUUCUCCACCAGAAUUCGAGAUGGUAACCAACAACAUUUGGACUGCUUACUUGAUGCCUACAGUCUUGUCUUGUCGAAUUGGCUUGACCUCUGGAGAUUUUGGGUUAGUUGGUUACUUCCCAAACCUGGUGUCUCGCCAAUUUGGCUUAACUCAAAUACUCCCUAAGAGCAUAUAUUUGGAAGAGAGGGAGGUUUGUUUAGGCAAGCAUGGCAUGACAGAACCACAGUUCCAUUCAUUCUUGAACCAUUUCAAUCAGCCUUCUUAUGAGCUUACCCCAUUCGACUUCGCUCCCUCACAUGCCUGCACUAGGGAAUUUUUUACCUGGUGGUCUCGACACUAUGAAGGACGCCUGGUCGACAAGACUGCCUUGCUUACCGCUAUCUCUAAUGGGUUCGACUCAUCUAUUUUGAACAAGAUUAAGUCGAAAUUGAACGCCAGAGGGAGUAAGUCGAAGGCGGGUUCCAGCAACUCUAGCAAGCCUCUUCCUCCACCAUCUAAGGUUGAACUAAAGAUUGCUUCACGCAAGAGGCCUCCUUCAACCGAAACUCCUUCUGUUUCAAAGAAACAAAGGCCUAUUCCUGCCACUUGUUCGAGUGCUCCAGAUAAGGAUAUUCCUGUUCUCUCGACCAUCCCCGAGCAGACUAACGUUGCUACCACUCAAGAUCUUUUUCCUAGUGCUGAACCCAUUACUGAUGAGAAAAAGAAAAAGAAGAAGAAGAAGAAAGAACACCAACCCAACCAAGAAAGUACUCCUGAGCGCAAGUCCUCUGAGAUUGAGGCACAACCUGAUACUCUGGCAUCACCUGAGGACCCUCCUUUGGAACAAUCGGAGAGGAAGAAAAAGAAGCAGAAAAAAUCUCCUGCUGCAGCUACUGUUGUCGAGGCUUCUGCUACUGCAAAAGAAACAACUCCACAACCUGAAGCUUCUGCUACCCCUCAAACCCAACCACAAAACUCUGCUCAAGUUAUUCCUCAGGAUGAGCCUGCUCUUAGCAAAGCGGCUGAGGGGGUGGUCGAAGGACCAAGCGAUGCGCAUCCUGAAGAUGUUGCAGAAAAAAUCUCAUCUCCUCAGCCUCUCGAAACGGCCAUUCCUACUGAAACCUCAUCACCGCCCAAGGCUCCUAGCUCGCCUCACCGCGCUUUCGAAGAUGACAAUCUUAAGCCUAACAAUGAAGAAGACCAACUCGAUCGAAACCUACCACAACCGAACCCUUCGACACAUCCUGCCCAAGUAUUGGCCAAUAAUGAUCCUCCAACCAACUUUCAAGCUGACCCUAUUGCUAGUAUUGAACAAAGGCCAACAGUUGAUGGUGAGCACUCCACUACCAAUCAACCACAACCAAGUGGGUCAAACCAUGAAUCUAGUUCACCCAGUGCUGGCACUUUCGACUCUGAAGAUGGGAACUCCUAUAUUGGUGAUUCACUUGGUGAAGAGGGAACUUCCGUGUCGAAGCCACUUCCCACUGUUGUCCUGCCAGCUGAACUUGCUAAAGAGUUAAAAGAUUUAACUCCAGUCGACGCACUUAACAAGCUUUUAUCAAGCCAUGGCACCUCUAGCUCCGCUGUUUAG